UGCGCCGCCGCUCACUCCAGGGUAAAACUCGGCAGCAGCACAUCACAGACUCGGCUCCAAAAGUCAACUCCCACACAGGCAGGGUUGGCUUUUUCCUUCUUUUAAAAAAGAAAAAAAACCCCUUCAAACUAAAGCGUAAAGCAAUCAGAGCACCAUGGAUGCCCUUAAGAAGAAGAUGCAAAUGUUGAAGCUGGAAAAAGAAAAUGCAAUGGACAAGGCAGACCAGGCAGAAGUGGACAGGAAGGCAGCGGAGGACAGGUGCCUGCAGCUGGAAGAAGAGAUUAUUAGCUUGCAAAAGAAGCAAAAAGCAACUGAAGAUGAGCUUGACAAGUGCUCUGAAUCCUUGCGAGAUACUCAUGGGAAAUUGGAAAUAGCAGAGAAGAAAGCGACUGACGCGGAGUGUGAAGUGGCUUCCUUGAAUAGACGUAUCCAAUUGGUUGAAGAAGAGUUGGAUUGCACUCAAGAGCGUCUGACUGCUGCCUUGCAGAAAUUGGAGGAGGCUGAAAAAUCAGCAGAUGAGAGUGAACGAGGGAUGAAAGUUGUGGAGUGCAAAGUCUUAAAGGCUGAGGAGAAAAUAGAAAUGCAAGAUAUGCAGCUGAAGGAAGCUAAACAUGUUGCAGAGGAGGCAGACCGUAAAUACGAAGAGGUGGCACGAAAACUCGUUGUUCUUGAAUGUGAUCAGGAGCGAACUGAGGAGCGUGCAAGGGUGGCAGAAAGUCGGGCACGGCAAUUGGAAGAGGAGCUUAAAGUAAUGGACCAGAGCUUGAAAUCGUUAAUGGCCUCAGAGGAAGAGUAUGCUUCGAAAGAAGAUAAAUAUGAAGAAGAAAUCAGGCUGCUAACAGAUCAGCUAAAAGAGGCGGAAACUAGAGCUGAGUCUGCUGAAAGAUCUGUAGCAAAACUGGAGAAGACCGUGGAUGAUUUGGAAGAAAAACUGGCCCAAGCAAAAGAAGAGAAUGUGGGCAUUCAUCAGGUGCUUGAGCAGACUCUAGUGGAUCUGAGCCACUUAUAAUAAUUCUAACUGGGGGAAAAAUAAAGCUUUACAUGCCACAAGUGCCCAUGGUACAACAGCGUCUUCUGUGUAAACACUGCAAAUCACCAGCCAAGGGGUGAAACACAACAUGGGGUUUAGAACAACAAAUUAAUAUAGGCUCAACAUUUGUAUUGAAUCCAAUAAAUUUCAUGGGGGAUGUCUUUUGUUCAAACCUUUAACUGCAGCAUUGGAAUGUUUUAUUUUCUUUUAUUGACUGCUCUGCCCUCUCCAUUCCAGUGAACUGGGCAGACCUUGACAUUUAUGCCAUAAACAUAAUAGCUGUUUAACUGUGUAUUUGCUUUUUCUUUCUGUUCUCUGUUUGAUGGCCUUCCAUUCUUGGCAAGCUUUGAUUUUUGAAUCAGAUUUAAAGCAUAGUAUUUUGAUCUGAAGAGCUGUCACCAAAAGUGGAUGUACUGAGACAUCUCUGACUUUAUGCUGGAUAACAUUAUGUAAAAGUCAAAAGAAUGCAAGCAACUUUUGCUCCCCCCUCCCCCAACAGUUUUAUUCUGCCACAGUUUAGAAGUCUGUGGCUUUUGGUUAGCUUAUUGAAAGUUGUUUGUCUCAAUUUGAAACAUGGAUAAACUCAAAGCUUGUAAGGAUGUUACAAAGGCCUGACUUCUGAUAUCGGGACCACACUGGUAAUUGUUGAUGGACAUUGCCAUUGUGUCAUUCUGACCCAAGGUUACUACUUGUAACAUAUGAUGGAAAAUCACUAGAUAUCUCUACUGAGAAAUCUAAUGACUUGCAAUUUUUUUUUUGAUAAAUCAUUGGAAAUGCCACCAUGACAUUGUAAACCUUUUAUACCCUUAAUAUAUGGGCUUCUGAAAAUAUGUACAUUUUUGUCACAGAUUUAAAGGUCUUGAGCACAGAAUGGGAGUUUUAACAAGCAUUUACCCUUCUGUUAUGUAACUGUUCCUUCUCCCUAUGAAUGUCCUUGGAAUUCAAAUUUAUCCUAUGCAAUUAUCUGUGUAAGCUCUUUAUUUGUACGGUUUAUUAAACUUUGGAAUAAAAUUA